UUCGGAUCUUGAGCACCAGGCCUCCGCCAUGGGGUGUUCAAACUCCGCCCUCGCCCGGGAAAACUCCUACCAUGAGCAACAUGCUCCGAUGUUUGUGGUGAAGGUCCGGGAUGCCUUGAGAAUUCAAGGCAGACUGCCGCACCACCAGCAGUUGAGAGAGAAGGGGAUGCUUGUUUGCCAUGACACCUUGGAUCCCAAGAGCCUGGUGAUCUUUGUGUCCCAUGAAUGGCUUGGUAGGAGGCACCCCGAUGAGACCGGCGAGCAGCUACGGGCUUUGCAAUCAGUGCUGAGAAAGCUUCAUACAAGGGAGAUCGUGGUGCAGGAAAAUGGUCUGUCACAAUUUCGGGACCGAAUGACCAGCACACUCGGUUCUGAGUACUGCGACCAGCUACUUGAUGCUUACAUCUGGUAUGACUAUUUUUGUGUGCCCCAGAACUGUGAGGCUGUGAAGCCACAAGAUCAGGUCAGGUACAUUCGCUCAAUCCCUCACUACGUGGAGUCUUGCCAAGUCUUCGUUGCUUUGGUCCCCAGCCUGAUAGGCGAAGGAGGCCCUUGCAACUAUUCCAGCUGGCUGCGCCGUGGGUGGUGUCGCACAGAGAUGUGGUGCAAACAGCUUUCAGAUGCUUCAAGCAUUCCAGUCAUCGUUGUUCCCAACGGCGAGGUGGCUUCUUUUGUGAACCCCCAGUGGCUGCGAUUUCCGGUGCCAGAAGGUGACUUCGCAGUCGAGUCCGAUCGCUUGCAUUGCUGCCAUGUCAUACAGAGGUCGUUAGACAGAAAGUUGCCCCAGCUCCGCCUGAGGAAUGUGAAUUCCUUCCGAUUCUUCACCGCACGCUUUGAGAAGCUGGUCGGCCUUCCACCACGACAAAGGAGCUUAGAGCAGUUCUGCCUUGACUUCGCAUUUCCGGGAGCUUGCCGGAAGGGUUUGAGCCCUGUCGCCUGUGCUACACUGGCAGAGGACACUGAGACGCUUCGCAACUUGGUGGUGGCAAAAGCUUCUCUAGACACACCCGCGCCGGACAUGACCAAGCUGGGCGUGCUGCGUGGCUUCCGACCUCUCCAUUUGGCCGCAAGUUUUGCUUCUCAGAACCUGGAGCUCAUCGAGACUCUACUGGACCUGCGUGCAAACCCCAACUACUCACCGCCUUGGUCUCACACGCCACUGGCAUGCUGUAAAUCCGCCAAAGCAAUCGAGCUGCUGGUUCAGCACAGGGCUGACGUGAACGGCAGAUGCAGCAUACUAGAAGGGAUGAAGCCGAUCCACAUCUUUUGCGGUGAAGGUGCUUCGGUGGCGACGCUUCGGAAACUGCUGGAGCUCCGCGCCGACCCCAAUGCCGGGAGAGGGAGCCUUCCGCCGCUGGUCAUGUUGGCCGUCGCGAGCGCCGAUGGAUGCGAGGUCCUGGGGCAAGCGCAGGCGUUGUUGGACCAUCAGGCCGAUAUCAACCAAACAUGUGAGCCCAAAGGCCUUCACCGCAUGCUGGAGCUGACGUGCAGGGCGUUUGCUUUCUGCAGCAGAGGAGCCAUUCCAACUGUGGUACGAGACCUCAGCGAGCUCAGCACCACAGCGCUGGGAUUCUGCGCGUUGUACGACUCUCAGGAGCUUGCAGCGUUCCUGCUCGAGGCCAGCGCCGACGUGGAGAUCCGGAGCCACCGGGGCCAUCGGGCCGCAGACCUCGCGGUCUCCAAAGAGAUGAGGCGGCUUCUGAGCGCGCCGGCGCCGGAGCCGCGGAUAUCCUCCCCGGCGCUCGGUGCGCUGAUGGCGGAGUUUCGCUCCGACUUAGUGGAGGUGGCAUUGUGAGGAAUUCAUCGCAUUUAGAGGUACCUUUAACGGAAUUCGACGAUUCCUCCCAAACAAAUUCAAGGAAUCCUACCAAAAAGGUUUUUGAAAGGCGCCCUUUUUGGGUGGUUCUUGGGGCACCUUCCAAUUCCAUUCUUUCCA